GGCUUACAGAAGUUGAUGUGGAAUAUAAAUAGUUCCUGGAAAUAACCCUGACAUCGCCGAGCAAGAUGAAGUUCUUGCUGUUGCUCUCAGCCCUGGGGUUCUGCUGGGCUCAGUACGCCCCCAACACCAAGCCUGGGCGCACCUCCAUUGUCCACCUGUUUGAGUGGCGCUGGGCUGACAUUGCCCUUGAGUGUGAGCGGUACUUGGGUCCCAAAGGAUUCGGAGGGGUGCAGAUCUCUCCACCCAAUGAAAAUGUGAUCAUCAAUAACCCUUCAAGACCUUGGUGGGAGAGAUACCAACCGAUUAGCUACAAGUUAUGUACAAGAUCAGGAAAUGAGGAGGAAUUCAGAGACAUGGUGACCAGGUGUAACAACGUUGGCGUUCACAUUUACGUGGACGCCGUGAUCAACCACAUGUGCGGCAACGGCGUGACCCCGGGGCAGAGCAGCACCUGCGGGAGCUUCUUCAACCCCUGGAGCCGCGACUUCCCCUCCGUCCCGUUCUCCGCCUGGGAUUUCAAUGACGGUAAAUGCAGAACUCCAAGUGGGGACAUCGAGAACUACAAUGACCCUUACCAGGUCAGAGACUGUCGUCUGGUCGGUCUUCUCGACCUUGCCCUGGAGAAAGACUACGUGCGCUCCAAGGUGGCCGAGUAUCUGAACUACCUCAUUGACAUCGGGGUGGCCGGCUUCCGGAUCGAUGCCUCCAAGCACAUGUGGCCCGGGGACAUGAAGGCCAUUAUGGAUAAACUGCAUCAUCUGAACACCACCUGGUUCCCCGAGGGAAGUAAAGCUUUCAUUUACCAGGAGGUAAUCGAUCUGGGUGGUGAGUCCAUUAAGAGCAGUGAAUACUUUGACAUCGGCCGCGUGACAGAGUUCAAGUACGGUGCCAAACUGGGCACAGUGCUGCGCAAGUGGGAUGGGGAGAGGAUGGCCUAUCUGAGGAACUGGGGAGAAGGCUGGGGCUUCAUGCCUUCUGACAGAGCCCUUGUCUUCGUGGACAACCAUGACAACCAGCGGGGACAUGGUGCUGGAGGCGCGUCCAUCCUUACCUUCUGGGACCCCAGACUCUACAAAAUGGGAGUGGCAUUUAUGCUCGCCCAUCCCUAUGGGUUCACACGUGUCAUGUCAAGCUUCCGGUGGCCGAGGUAUUUUGAGAAUGGAAGAGAUAUUAACGAUUGGGUUGGGCCACCAAAUACUAAUGGAGUAAUUAAAGAAGUCACCAUCAACCCAGACACCACCUGCGGCAAUGACUGGGUCUGUGAGCAUCGCUGGCGUCAGAUCAGGAACAUGGUUAUGUUCCGUAAUGUGGUUGACGGCGAACCUUUUACCAACUGGUGGGAUAAUGGUAGCAACCAAGUAGCUUUUGGAAGAGGAAACAAAGGCUUCAUUAUCUUUAACAAUGAUGAUUGGCCAUUAUCUUCCUAUCUGCAAACGGGUCUUCCUGCUGGCACCUACUGUGAUGUUAUUUCUGGAGAUAAAGUUGGUGACAAGUGUACAGGAAUCAAAAUCUACGUCUCUGCUGAUGGCAACGCUCACUUCUCUAUCAGUAACAGUGCCGAAGAUCCAUUUAUUGCAAUUCAUGCGGAAUCUAAAUUAUAAGAUUUGAAUUAAAUACAUAUGACCGCAGAGAA